GUGCAAAAGGGAAAGCGCUCCCGCAUCAUUCUCAAAGGCAGACGGCGGCGGCGUUUCACUUAACGGCAGUAAAUUGGAUCACUUUGUCAAGGGAGCUUGUGGACUGUUGGCGGUGACUGCGACCUGUCGUAUGACUACCAUGUCUCUGCCUCAACUGGCAUAUCCAUAUAUAAGACCACCGUGCUCCUCGGAGCGUCACGGCGUGGCGAACGGCCGAACCGGGACGGAAUUUGCUCCGUCCAACACUCUCUCCAAUGUGCUGUCCACAAUGUAUCGGACACCUUUCGCUGCUGCCUCGCAAGGAUACGGCGCUUUUCUACCUUAUUCCACGGACGUGGCUAUUUUGAAUCAGCUGGGUGCCCAUUAUGAACUGAAGGACAGCCCCGGCAUACAUCACCAUGGCCUCGCUCAUCACCCGUCCCCGUUUUACCCCUACGGACAGUGCCAGUUUGGUGACCCAAACCGACCCAAAAAUGCCACACGUGAGAGCACGAGCACUCUGAAGGCCUGGCUGAGCGAGCACAGAAAGAAUCCGUAUCCGACUAAAGGCGAGAAGAUCAUGCUGGCCAUCAUCACCAAAAUGACCCUGACCCAGGUAUCUACGUGGUUUGCCAACGCCAGACGGAGGCUAAAGAAGGAAAAUAAAAUGACCUGGGUUCCAAAGAGUCGGACCGACGAAGAGGACAACGGAUAUCCAAGCGACAAUGAUGGCGAGGGAGAUAAGGAGGAAGACGACGAGGAAAUUGAUUUGGAAAAUAUCGAUACAGAGAACGUUGAUGAUUCUGACUUUCAGGAUGCAACUUUGGAACGUAAACUGACUGAUAAAAAUGACGCCGACAUAUCAAAUGAUAACGCACACAUGCCUCACCAUGAUCUGAAACAUCCGGAACAUCCCGUGAAGGAAAGUAUGAGUAGAUGCGAGGACGCAGCAACAAGACCAGCUUUAUUUCAACCGGGCGUUACGCAGUCUCGCCACGAGAAUAAAACUGGCCAAGACGCACCACAUAGUAACCCCAUCCCACAACAAAAACCUAAAAUUUGGUCUCUGGCUGAAACGGCAACAACACCGGACAGCCCGAAGAAGUCUCCACUGCAUAACAGGACCCCUGCACUUGUUCCCCAUCCGGUAUUAGCUCCCCAAAAAGCAAUCAGUUCUGCAGAACUCGCAAAACUCCCAAGUUGGACAAAACUAGCCUUUUCGUCACAUCCUAUUGCUUUGAAUGGUCAUUAUUUGGAACUUGCGAAACAAGCUUCUUUGCAUAAUAAUCUUCUAUACAGGCAAAGAGAUGGGAAAGAUCACAGUUAGGUGGCUUGUUUGCCAUUUGGACUUUUCUCCAGCCUUCUGCGUAAAAGAUAUGAUUCACUUCAAAAUGGGGUUUAAAAGUUAAAUAGACCUAACAGAUUUAUGUGGGCUGUAUAAUUUAUUUUUCCACUUUUAUUUUACCACUGCCUGAGGAAAAAUAGGCUAUAACUGUAAAACUGUUUCACUCUAACAAUGAAGAUGACGCGCCUGUCAGAAUUUAUUCCAAUUGUGCGCCAAACUUUGCAUAUCAGAUUUUCACAUUUUUAAAAACGUUUUCCAACGCAUCUGGCACCAAACACUGAGUGUGCUAAGUUAUUAUAAAACAGUUGAACAUUGCUCUCUGAUGAUAUUUUCCUUUAAACCUGAGGCCAUGAAUAAAACAAUGUUGUGCCUUCUAAGACAAAAACUUUAAUUUCAAACUUAAGAGAUAUAUGGGUGUGUUGUUUCUGUUUUGUUGACCAUUUUCCACAUUGAUUUUCGAUUUAAAUGUAUUACUGUUUUCUUAGAUCAUGAUAGGCCUAUUUGCUGAUGGGCAGCCUGUUGCGAGGUCUGAAAGGGAUAAAUAAUGUACGUAUGUCUAAUCUCUUAAUUGCAAACGUGCCCAGUGGGUUACGCACAGCAAAUCAAACGCCUUUUUUUGAAAUAUUAUGUGUUUUAGGCCUACACAUAGUCUGUAAUUAACGUUUAAAUGGAUUUGUGCAUAGGUAAAUAACAUGGAAUUGUAUAUAAGAAUCUG